GCAUGACAGUCAAAUUGUACUCAGGCAUGUAAUGGACAUCCUUUUUCCGGUUAGAAUCAUUGGGUCCUAACAGCGCGGAGCUUGGAAUUAACUGUAGUGCGUUUGCCGAAGUAAUCGCCGACAUGUCUGGAAGAGACGGUGGGAAGAAGAAACCUUUAAAACAACCUAAGAAGCAGUCAAAGGAUAUGGACGAUGAUGAGGUAGCCUUCAAACAGAAACAGAAGGAAGAACAGAAACAGUUGGAGGCAAUGAAGGCGAAGGCUGCUGGGAAAGGUCCCCUAACUGGUGGAGGAAUCAAGAAGUCUGGGAAAAAGUGAGAUGACAUCACCGACAGACUGCAGCUGCGUUCUGUCUGAAGCUCUGCUCAUAAUCCCUCAAGAUGCGCUCUGUACUUCCCUGUGUCCGUUGUAAAAAAAAAAAAAAAAAAUUUUAAAUUAAAAAAAAAUGGAAUGGAGAAGUUACCUUUCAACUGUUCUUUUUGGUUGUCAUUGUAAUGAGAAAACCUGGAAAUAAAGUUUUGUAACUACUGUG